UCCUGUGUGCGCAGACAUGGCGGACGGCAAGGCAAGAAUGGGCGACGAAAAUGAUGUUAUAACGCCGAAAUUAUACUCGCACAGUGAAUCUGAACCUGAAUUAUUUGAAGUUGAAAGAAUCCUUGGUAAAAUUAAAACGAAUGGUAAGGUACAGUACAAGAUUCGGUGGAAAGGUUUCGGUCCAGAGGAGGACACCUGGGAGCCUACAAAAAACCUUGCCUCCUGUCAGGACCUCAUUGAAGAGUUUGAGAGAAAACAGACUGAGCUUGCAAAGAAACGUUCUGAAGAGAGAAAAAUGAAACAGUUGCUUAUGGAGGGUAGGAUUGACAGUUCCGAGUCUUCUGAAGACACCAACUCACCGUACCCAGCAAAUUUCAAGAACACGUUUUGGAAAGAGCUUGAGGCAGGGAGAGUGAACGUGUUCGACAACGACAUGUACUCGAAAGUGAAAAGCAAACGGGCAUCGUCAAAGGCAAAAUCUUCCAAUGACAAUAAUGACAAAGACAGAAAAACUGAUAAGAGAGGGAAUAAUUCAGACAGCAAAGGAGAUUUUAGUAAGAAAAAUAAAAAUCAAACAUGUGGCAGCACAUCAGAACCAUGUUCAAAGAGUGGAAGAACGUCAACACCAAAAAAUAGGUCACGGUUGCGGGUAAUUUCUAACACAUCAGAAUCCGAGGACAUUGCCUCCAGAGCACCCAGAUUGUUUAGUGCCUCAGAUACGUCUGACACUGAUUCAGUAAAGGGAGCUUUGAACAUCAUCAUAAAAAAGAUUCCUCAUAUUGCCUCGGAUACGAGCGAGAGUGAAAGCCUGCAAACUAGUCCAGCCUACUCUGUGCAGAGUAAGGACACUGGUAAAGGCUCGAAAUCCAAGAAAAAGAAACACCAUAAACAUCAUAAACAUAAGAAAGAUAGAGGUGCAAGCAGUCCAAAAAGAAGAAAACUGUCACAAAAAAGUGAGAUUGAAAAUCAGCAUUGUGCUGAUAUCACUGACGAACAUGACAUUGACUCUGUAAGGGAUGUGCUUGCAACACCAAGAUAUGACUCUGAAGAAAUCCAUGAAUUUGAAGAUUCAAAUGAAUGUAACCUAGAAUCUAUGGUAUUGUCAGAGAGCAUGGCAACUGCAAAUGAGACUCACUCAGGGAAAUCCAGCGCUUCCGAAUUUUUUGUUCCGAAAAAUGUAGAUCUCAGUUUGCAGGUUUCAUCCAAUGGAUCUCAAUUAAUUGACCUGCCCAUUAAUAAUGCAAUCAACAACAGUGUUCACUUUGACCAGAAAGACUUCACCAACACCAACACCAGUUUGAAUAACAAUAAUAACAAGAAUAACAAUUAUAACAGUUGCAGCGACAAUAAAAACCAACAUGACCAGAUCAGUGACAGUGGCCUGUUUUCAAGUUUCACUGAUAGUAUGCUGAGUCAGCCAUUUUGCCGACAGAACUCUGACACAGUCGACAGUGGUGUAUAUUCUCCUAUGAGUGACAAGAGCAACAUGUCUCUGCAGAAGCAGUCUGGCUUUGCUGGGGCCAUAUUGCCUAUUUUAUCAGAUGAAGGCAAAAAUCACAGUAGAGAGUCUGGCAACGACCUUGACCUGGAGCUGGAACUGGAUGACCUUGAUUGGGACCUGUUUGACACAGAGGUCACCAUGGAGCCUGUCAACAUAUCAGACGAGGAGUUCAGUGCUGCAGUGUGGCAGGGAGACUAUGCGCUCGUGAAGAGGGCACUUUUUGGUGACAGGAAGUACUCUCUGGAGGCUCGAGACGAGAACACAUGCACUCUACUCAUGCAUUCUGUGCAGCAUGGACAUGAUGACAUCUCCAACCUUCUUGUGGAUAAUGGAGCAGACAUCAAUGCUAGAUCUCACAAUGGAUGGACUCCAUUGAUGUUUGCUUGCCAAACUGCGGGUGUAAGCACAGUUAACCUGCUGUUGGAGUUAGGGGCUCCAGUCAAUGUGGCCGCAGUGGAUGGAGUCACACCACUCAUUGUGGCUGCAAGGCGUGGCCAUGCCCAGAUAUUCUGGCUGCUGCUAGAGUGCGGUGCCAACUUCAACACCGUCACUCACGCGCGGCACUCCGCUCUCGAGAUUGUGCGCGCUCUCUUCUAUACUGACCUGGAAAAUGUACUCAAUAACCACAUUCACAGGGUCAUGUCAGCAUUUGACAAGCAGGUGUCCAUUACACUCAACGAGACAGCCAGCAUCGUGAGUGCACUGUUUCCAGCCCAGAUAUUCAAUGUGUGUGAAGGGAGCUGCUUCCAGUUUGCAUUCCAUCAUUCACUUCUGCCUCCUAACUCAGGUGUUGGGAACCUGCUGUUUAUUGCCCAAGCAGAGUUCACGAGUGAGGACGUGAAAUGUCGCCUGUACGGACCCUGUGCAGUGAAAUCUGUCUGCUUGAAUGGCCAGCCACUUGCACAACUCACAGAGAGUGGCAAUUUUGUGAUGGCAUUUUCACCUUUAGUGGGUGGGCGUAACAUUAUUACAAUUAAUACAGCCACAGCUAAAGGUGCAAAGUCCAAGCUGAUCAUGUGUGCAUACAAGACCCAGUUGCUGCAAGUAUAGCGCUUAAAACUACCAAGGUUUACUAUUGAUAUUACUAUACUGGCAGAAACUACUACGGUUUCCAUGGGACAUUCAAAGAACAGCGUUCAAAACAACCAGGGGUCUAGUGACUGUUAGUAUAGCGCUCAAAACUACCAAGGUUUACUAUUGAUAUUACUAUACUGGCCAAAACUACUUACGUUUCAUGGGACAUUCAAAGAACAGUGCUAAAAGCUACCAGGGGUUCAGUGACUGUAGAGAUUAGUUGAGCUUGAAAUAUGGUCUAUAUGUAGAUAGUAAAGUUAAAAUUAGACUUCAAGACUUUAAAUGUGUGCGGCUUUCUCAGGGUUUACUCUACCAGUGGCCAAAUUAGCCAAAGGCUAUACAUUGAGGAGUAUUGCACUUUGCAGGAAAAAAAAUAGUUUGGCUACAACUUUAACUUCAUAAAUACCCAUACAAUUACCAAGUCAAAGUUUACUUUAGACAAUAUUGAGCCAGGAAAAGAUCUGGAUAUUUGACAUGCUCCUGGCUAUAUUUAUUUUUCUCAGCAUUCAUGACCAAAGGCAUUAAUGUAAAACAUUUCACUUCAUAUUUUUCCAUUUUCUGGUUCUUACUUUUGUGCAAAUGAGAUUAUUAAUUAAGGUCAAAUUAAUUAUCUUUUUGAUAUCAAUUGAAGUAAAAGAUGAUUCAUUUCAGAAAUUAAUUUAAUUUAUCACGGAAAUAUUUUGUCUACCACAGGUUGUAAAUUGUAAUUUUAAUUGAGGCCACACCAAAGUGAAGCCUGUGUCAUUGGAUUGUUACUAGAAAUAAAUGGGGCAAGUGAGCUGAAACAGUUUAUUUUUUUACAUUUGCAAAGCAAGAGAUUUAUUUUGUGAAAGUAUCAAUACAAAUAAAAUUGUUAAUUUUAACCUAUUUGUUAAUACACUGUAGUUAUGAUUUGUGUGCAUCCUACAAACUGAUUAAUUUUCAUUACACAUUUGUGUCGUAGACACAUAUAAAAAUAUAUGCUAUUUUAUUGUUAAUUUGUCACACAAAAAUGUAAAUAACCUCUGUUCAAUUAUUUGUUACAACUAAACAAUUUAUCUCUGUAAAUUAACCUCAACGAGUAAAAUAUGAUUUUCAUCUCUUUAAUCGAUGUGGGCGGAAACCAUUAACAAAUAUAUUUUUUAUGCCCCCGGAUCAGGGGCAUAUUGUUUUUGGCAUGUCUGUCUGUCAUUCCUUCAUUGUGUGUCCCAAAACUUUAACCUUGGUUAAAAUUUGGUCAUAACUUUUUGAAUAUUGAAGAUAGCAACUUGAUAUUUGGCAUGCAUGUGUAUCUCAUGAAGCUGCACAUUUUGAGUGGUAAAAGGUCAAGGUUAAGGUCAUCCUUCAAGGUCAAAAGUUAAAAAAUAAAAUCCAAGGGAAGUAAUAAGCUUUAAAAGGGAGAUAAUUUCCGACCUGCCAAAUGAUAUAUUGAAAGUUUAUUUCAAAUCGGGGCAAUAGGGGGCAUUGUGUUUCUGACAAACUCAUCUCUUGUUGAAUUCUAAAAUAAUGGUGAGAAAAUUCUGAUUACCAUGACUUUACUUUGGUGGGGCCUUGUGAUUUAUUAUACCCCCACAAACGAAGUUUAGGGGGGUAUAUAGGAGUGAGCUUGUCUGUCUGUCGGUCGGUCCGUAUUAAGUGUCCGCUCUCCAUUUCAAGUAGUUUUCAUCCGAUCUUCACCAAACUUGUUCACAAGUUGUAUCUACAUGAUGUCUAGGCCAAGUUCGAACAUGGGCCUUGUCGGGUCAAAAACUAGGUCACGGGGUCACUUAGUGCGUUUUAAAUAUUUAGCAUGUUUUCCGCUCUCUAAUUCAAGAAGUUUUCAUCCGAUCUUCACCAAACUUGGUCAGAAGUUGUAUCUAGAUGAUCUUAAGGCCAAGUUCGAACAUGGGUCUUGCCGGGUCAAAAACUAGGUCACGGGGUCACCUAGUGCGUUUUAAAUAAUCAGCAUGUUGUCUGCUCUCUAAUUCAAGUCGUUUGCAUCCGAUCUUCACCAAACUUGUUCACAAGUUGUAUCUACAUGAUCUUAAGGCCAAGUUCGAACAUGGGCCUUGCCGGGUCAAAAACUAGGUCACGGGGUUCCAUUAGUACGUUUUACACAUUGAGCAUGGUGUCCGCUCUCUAUUUCAAGUAGUUUAAAUCCGAUCUUCACCACACUGGGUCAGAAGUUGUAACUAGAUGAUGUGUAGGUCAAGUUCGAACAUGGGCCAUGCCGGGUCAAAAACUAGGUCACAGGGUCACUUAGUGUGUUGUAAACCUCACCAUGUUGUCCGCUCUCUAAUUCAAGUAGUUUUUAUCCAAUCUUCACCAAAAUUGGUCAGAAGUUGUAUCUUGAUAAUGUCUAGGGCAGGUUUGAGUAUGGGUCAUGCCGGGUCAAAAACAAGGUCACGGGGUCACUUAGGGCGUUUUAAACAUCACAAUGUUGUCCGCUCUCUUAUACAAGUAGUUUUCAUCCAAUCUUCACCAAACUUGUUCAGAAGUUGUAUCUAGAUGAUGUCUCGUUCAAGUUUGAAUAUGGGUCAUGCCGGGUCAAAAACUAGGUCACGGGGUAUCUUAGUGCAUUUUAAACCUCACCAUGUUGUCCGCUCUCUAAUUCAAGUAGUUUUCAUCCAAUCCUCACCAAACUUGGUCACAAGUUUUAUCUAAAUGAUCUUUAGGAAAAGUUUGAACAUGGGCCAUUCCAGGCCUAAAACUAGGUCACGGGGUCACUUAGUGCGUUUUUAACAAUCAGCAUGGUUUCAGCUCUCUAAUUCAAGUAGUUUACAUCCGAUCUUCACAAAACUUGGUCAGAAGUUUUAUGGAGAUGAUCUUUAGGCCAAGUUAGAACAUGGGCCUUUCUGGGUCAAAAACUAGGUCAAUGGGUCACUUAGUGCGUUUUAAAAAUUGAGCAUGGUGUCAGGACGACACGCAAAAUUUUAUGUGUCAAUGCGGCAUGUGGGGGUAUUCGUCACGUCUGUGACCAAGCUCUAGUUCAUUUCUGUAUUGAGCUUUAAUGUUUUGAUGCACAUACUGGUUAAUCUAUUUAAUCUAGACUUGUUCUGUGACCAUAGAACCUUAACAUACUGUAUUUCUGUUGCGGUUAAUACUCAACAUUAGGCAUACUUGAUUUUUUGGGCAUUAAUUGCAUUGUGUUCAAUCUCAAACUGUUGGCAUUUUCUUUAUCAAUUGGGUUUUCAUUUAAGUAAUGUUUAUCUUGUCCACUGAUACAUGUACUACUUUUCUUGUUGAAUUUUCACGACAUUUACAAAGAUGCUUUUUCAAAAGUGCUUGAUAUAAUGCCAGUUGUAAUUUGUUUGAUGCUGUGACUUGAAUAGAUUUUUUGGUGUAAACUCAGAAUGUUUAUUAUUCAUAUUGUGAUGAUGACAAGAUCAGGAAUUUGUGUGUGAUCUCAAUAAAAUGAAGCGAAAAAUAAAAAGUGCCCACAAACAGUAUCAAAAAUGUCAUCACGACUAAUUGGUUGCAGUUUAUCAAAAUUUUACAAGCUUAUUUUUUACUCAUAAAUAAAUGUUUUUCACCUUAAUAUGCAAGUUGUAUACUCUACAAAUGAUCUCAUCUGUUUAGUAAUCAUCUGCAGUAGUUCCUUAAUCAUAUUUCUUACAUUUCUUAUAAGAACUAUAUGAGCCUCAUUCAGGGAAAACUGGGCUUAAUGCAUGUGUGUGUAAAGUGUCAUCCCAUAUUAGUGUGUACAGCCUGCUGAAGCUAAUCAUGAAAAACACAUUUCUUCUAAACUGGAUUUAAAAAAACCCAUAUGAGCGGAAAGUAUAGUGGAUGAUUGUUUGUGUAGACUUCACAGGCUAAUCUUGGACACCCACUUUACGCACAUGCCUAUAGUCCAGUUGUCCCAGAAAAAAACUCAUUUGAUUGGAAAUAGGGGUACAGCUAGCUAAAUACUUUUGGGAUGAUUAAAUUCUCCGGUAAUGAAGGGUCAGAUUGGAUAUAAAUGAAUAAAUAUGUUCAUUCUAUUUACACUAAGAACAGUUAUAAGAGGCAGACAUUUAUUUUUUCCAGCACUCAUUUCGCAUGUAUUUUGGAUUUGGGUUUUCUGUUAAGGUGCACAGAUAAACGAAUUGGCCUUAUUGGUUUACUUAGGACCUGAUACAGAUAGACCAAACACUUUAUUAUUUUAACGAACAUGCUCAUGCAAAUUAUUUCAAUGAUUUAAUGGGUAAAUAUUUAGCUGCUUAACAAUUUAAAAUUAAGAACAACGGCUUUAUACUCAUCUCUACUAUAAUUAUACUUCACAUAUUACCAUGGGACGGAUGUAAUAUCUUUAAAAUCAAGAUAAAACAUUUAACAAAGUAAAACACACAAUCUCGAAAUGUAUUUUUAUUGAAAGAGAAAGUAAAGUACAGUUGAUCUAAGAUAAUAAGAAACAGUACAGUAUUUACUUUCAAGUUCACAAAAUGUUAAUAGUUUUUUAAUGUUAAUUAUUUCACAGAGAUUCCAGGUUAAUUUGUUGUAUAUAGCAAUGUUAGAUUUAAAAAUAAUUUGAGAUUGUGGUUUAAUAGAUGUAAAGAGAAACAAGAGAGUUUUUGCUGGGUACUAUAUUGGUUAAAGAGGCUAAUUGAUUUAACCUAGUAGUUGAAGUAAAAUGUCUGAUCCUGUGAGUCAGAAUUUAUUCUAUUGUCACUUUUGUGCUAUCACAACAUUUACUUGUUACUUGCUUUGCUAUUGAUUAUUGUUCAUUCUAAUGUUUGUUGACAUUGUGUGAAAUAGAUAUUUUGUGUGUAUAUAAAUUCAAAUUGUAGAUACAGUUGUAAAUAAACUAGUGGUGUUUUUCACCUGAUCCACUAAUAGUUUUCUUGAAUCAAAAUAAUUUUUGUAUUUUAAUUAAGGAAAGUUUACUUUUCUCAUUUAAAAGAAACAUGAUAUAAUAAUAAAGAAAGAACAAAUACAAAUUGACAAAGCCUCAAUCAAGUAUUAGUUGAUCCUAAUCUGAACUGCUCAUGAGAUAAUAUAUCUUAUGCAAUAUUCUGACAGUGUAACUCCAGGUCAUCCUGCAGGUUCCCACAGUCUAGUCAGGAGCUGACCUGUCAGCUAUAAAGUCUGGUAAAGUUCCGUGGUCUUGUUGUUGGACGGAGUACCGGUAGUUCCUUAUCAGACUGCAUUAAUGCACAUGCUGGUCUGGGGCUUCAGUGGUUGCAAAGGGCAUAAGACCUAUUUUUGCAUGACCCAGCUCAUAAGACCUAUUUUUGCAUGACGCAGCUCGUUUGCAGCUCACACUACUGGUAUUAUUUUACUAGCCAUACAUGUUUAUAUUCUUGUUAUGUAAAAUUGUUUAAAAUAAAAGGCAUUUAUGUAAAUAUAACAUAUACAUGUAAAUAUAACAUAUACAUGUAGUACUUUACGGCAAUGGCUUAACAGUAAUGUUUUCAAUUGACACAUGGUUGUAUGUUGUGAUAGCUUACAUUGUAAAUGUAAUGUUAGCGGCUUAGCCAUAUAUAUAUGUACCUUGAUUGUAUUUAGUUUACUUCUUACCCGGUCUAUAGAAGGUUUUGUACUGUUUAUACUGUGAUAUCUAUGCUUCCGUUACAUUUAUGGAGUUUAUUUCUGUUUACAGUUUGCAAUAAUGUAGCGAGUAGAGUAACAGUUCUCAGUUUGCCAUAUUUAUUCAUAAGAGCAGCCUUAUAGGAAAACUGGACUUAAUACAUGUGCGUAAAGUGUCCUCACAGAUUAUCUUCUGCAGUACGCACCAGCUAAUUAAGGGCAGACAGUUCCUAUCUGGACUGGAGUUUUGUUUAGAAUUUUUCUGUUUGAUCCAAAUUCUAUUAAAGCAGAAAGUGGUGUCCCUGAUAAGCCUCAGAAAUGCACAGACUAAUCUGGGAUACAAAUUAAUGCACAUGCAUUAAGCUCAGUUUUCCCUGAACAUGGCUCUGAAGGUUGUGUUAUUGUUUAUACAUAGAGUUUUUGUGAUUGUAGCUUAACGUAAAGCUUAAUGCAAUGCCCUUAAUAUAUUGUCUAUUCAUCAUUUUAUCAUACUUAAACAAAGAACAUGGUAAUAAUUAUUAUAGCUUGGACUUUUUGUAUGUGUUUUUUUUUAUACCAAGAAACAUAAGCAUAAUUACUUGACAUGUGUUUCGUUUGAAAGUUGUUUUCUGGUAUUAAUGUUGUUAGGCCAUUUAAGCUCAACCUUUGAUUUAAGGCAGUGGUCAACAACUGGCAUCAGUUUAGCCUUGCUCUGAACGAACUGGGCCUUAUGCAUGUGUGUAAAGUGUCAUCCCAGAUUAAUUUGGGACGAGGCUUUCUGCUUGAACUAGUUUUAAUUUCUUUAUACAAAAGUGGAAAAUUUCAUCCCUGAUUAGCCUGUGCAAACUGUGCUGGCUAAUCUUGAACAACACAAAGCAUAUACAUUGAGUUUUCCUUGAAGUGGCACAGUGUAUUGCACCUCCCAGGAAAGGUGGGAUAGGGUAUAUUGACCACUGUGAAUGAAAGCAAAAUACUAACUGUCAGAUUUGUUCCAUAAUAUAUAAAUAUACAUGUAUAGGCUAUUUGUAUUUGAUGUAAAAUCCAUUUCUGUUGUUGAGUUAAUAGCAAAAUGUAUCUGAUAUUUUGUGUGUUCUUUUGGCAAUUAAUUUAAACAAAGAAGAUCUGUAAAUGUUCAGCAUGUCCAUAUGUUUGGUUCUUAAAUUUUAUUAAAGAUACAAAUAUUCCACACAUAUUUGAUGUGUUUUUUUAUGCCCCCGGAUCGAAUGAUCGAUGGUAUAUUGUUUUUGGCCUGUCAGUCUGUCAUAAUGUGGAAAACUUUAACCUUGGUUAAAUUUCUUUUGCAAUAAUGAAUAUACCUUUUGGAAUAUUGAAGAUAGCAACUUCAUAUUUGGCAUGCAUAUGUAUCUCAUGAAGCUGCACAUAUUGAGUGGUGAAAGGUCAAGGUCAUCCUUCAAGGUCAAAGGUCAAAUAUAUGGCUUUAAAGUAGUGUCCAAACUUUAGCCUUGGUCAUAACUUUUGCAAUAUUAAAGAUAGCAAUUUGAUAUUUGGCAUGCAUGUGUAUCUCAUGGAGCUGCACAUUUUUGGUGGUGAAAGGUCAAGUCAUCCUUCAAGGUAAAAGGUCAAAUAUAUGACUUCAAAGCAGUGCAAUAGGUGGCAUUGUGUUUCUGACAAACUCAUCUCUUGUUUAUUCUAUGUUUAUUCAGUUGAAUUGAACAUUGUUAACUUUUGAGUUUCUAGUAAUUUCUUUUAUGAAAACAUUGAUUUUUUAUUCAUGAUUGUUUUUUACUGUUAAUAAUGCAUGACUAGUUUGUUUGUUGGGUACAAUUUUCAUUUUUCAUGUAAUGUUUUUCAGUGGGUUACAUUUAUUGAUUUUUGUAGUUGUAAUAUUUGUGUUUAAGGAAAGUGGUGCAUGUGAAUUUGUGCUUAUUUUGAGAACAUGUUGUAUUUGUUGUCAAUAGAGCAAAAAGUCUAUUCUGUCAAUGGAACAUAAAGUCUGUUAUGUCAAUACACUUGAUAAUUACCAGUAUGUCUCUUGAUACAUUUUGUCAAAAUCUCAUUUCUUAUGUAUUAGGCAAACAUUUCAUGUAAGUAAAUAAUAGUUAUUCUUUUGAAAAGAUUAAAUUAUUUACUUUAUGUCCAAAAUGUUCAUUCAUAGAUUUGUUUGUGUUAUAAACUUAAUCAAUGUAAAGUUAGUGGUCAUACAUGGUGUUAUAAACUUAAUCAAUGUUAAGUUAGUGGUCAUACAUGGUGUUAUAAACUAAAUGAAUGUAAAGUGAGUGAUCAUACAUGGUGUUAUAAACUUAAUCAAUGUAAAGUUAGUGGUCAUACAUGGUGUUAUAAACUUAAUCAAUGUAAAGUUAGUGGUCAUACAUGGUGUUAUAAACUUAUGAAUGUCAAGUUAGUGGUCAUACAUGGUGUUAUAAACUUAAUCAAUGUAAAGUUCGUGGUCAUACAUGGUGUUAUAAACUUAAUCAAUGUAAAGUUAGUGGUCAUACAUUGUGUUAUAAACUUAAUGAAUGUAAAGUUAGUGGUCAUACAUACAGAAGAGUCAGCACAAACUGUCAGACAGACUAAUUACAUUGUCUGAAAACCAAUUGGGUGUACAAUUUCUGAAAACCAAUUGGGUGCAGUCAGACUUAAUGCAAAUUUAAAAAGUUGAUAUAAAGAAAUCAUGCAUGUCUUUCAGAUUUACAGAAUGUCUGACUCGAUUUCAUUUGCAUAGUGCAAUGUGCAACAACAGGCCUUUUUGAAGUUUUUCUAAGUGCAUUGGGUUCUCAGAGAAAUUCUAAUGGGUUAUAUUGAUCAAAUCAAUAUAAAUGUUAACAGCUUUAAAGACUUUAAAAUCGAUAAGUGACAAUUUAGUCAAUGGUUCAACAGAAGGGUAUAAAAUAUUUGAUAUUAUUUUCAUCCUUUUUACAUUGGAAAUAAACAUUUAAGAUUUAAUACUGCAUUUCUUGGAUUUGCUUAUAUCUCACAUAUCUUUGAUGUUAAUCAGUAUCAAAAUGAGCCAAACUCCGGUAAAACUCGUCUUAAUGCAUUUGCAUAAAGUGUCAUCCAAGAUUUGCAUGUGCAGUGCGCACAGGCUAAUCAGGGAGGACACUUUCUGCCAACACUGGAUUUUCGUUUAGAAAAUUCCAUGAAAGCGGAAAGUGUAGUCCCUGAUUAGCAUGUGCUUAUCUGGAACAACACUAUGCACAGGCAUAAACCCCUGUAUUGCCAGGGCGCGGCUCAACCAUAUCUUGUAACCAGUCUUUAUAUGCAUUACUUGCUAAUUGUUCAUACGUUUGAUUCAUGUUUGAAUGACCUUUUUUAUGAAGAUCGGCUGCUUGUUGUCAGCAAUGUUCUUUUGUUUUUCUAUUUAUAGAUCAGUUUUCUUUAAUAAAAAUGUGAUAUGCAAACAAUGUACUUGUU